CGGCUGGCUCCAGUCGCUGGGCCGGGCCGGGCAGAGCCGAGAGCGAGCGCUGCCCGCGGGGGGACUGGAGCCCGAGUCCGAGCCGCGGCCACUGCCGCCGCCACCAUGCGCUGGAUCCGCGCGCUGCUGAAGAAUGCGUCCCUGGCAGGGGCGCCCAAGUACAUCGAACACUUCAGCAAGUUCUCCCCGUCCCCGCUGUCCAUAAAGCAGUUUCUGGACUUCGGGUCCAGCAAUGCCUGUGAGAAAACCUCAUUCACCUUCCUCAGGCAGGAGCUGCCUGUGCGCCUGGCCAACAUCAUGAAAGAGAUCAACCUGCUUCCCGACCGAGUGCUGGGCACGCCUUCCGUGCAGCUGGUCCAGAGCUGGUAUGUCCAGAGUCUCCUGGACAUCAUGGAGUUCCUGGACAAGGACCCCGAGGACCAUCGUACCCUGAGCCAGUUCACGGAUGCCCUGAUCACCAUCCGGAACCGCCACAACGAUGUGGUGCCCACCAUGGCGCAGGGCGUGCUGGAGUACAAGGACACCUAUGGCGACGACCCAGUCUCCAACCAGAACAUCCAGUACUUUCUGGACCGCUUCUACCUCAGCCGCAUCUCCAUCCGCAUGCUCAUCAACCAGCACACCCUGAUUUUUGAGGGCAGCACCAACCCAGCCCACCCCAAACACAUUGGCAGCAUCGACCCCAACUGCAAUGUCUCCGAGGUGGUGAAGGAUGCCUACGAUAUGGCCAAGCUCCUGUGUGACAAGUAUUACAUGGCUUCACCUGACUUGGAGAUCCAAGAGAUCAAUACAUCCAACUCCAAACAGCCAAUUCACAUGGUCUAUGUCCCCUCCCACCUCUACCACAUGCUUUUUGAACUCUUCAAGAAUGCCAUGCGCGCAACUGUGGAAAGCCAUGAGUCCAGCCUUGUCCUCCCACCUAUCAAGGUCACAGUGGCCUUGGGCGAGGAAGAUCUGUCCAUCAAAAUGAGUGACCGAGGUGGGGGAGUCCCCCUGAGGAAGAUCGAGCGACUCUUCAGCUACAUGUACUCCACAGCCCCCACUCCCCAGCCAGGCACCGGAGGGACCCCGCUGGCUGGCUUCGGGUACGGGCUCCCCAUUUCCCGCCUCUAUGCCAAGUACUUCCAGGGAGACCUGCAGCUCUUCUCCAUGGAGGGCUUUGGGACCGAUGCUGUCAUCUACCUCAAGGCCCUGUCCACGGACUCGGUGGAACGCCUGCCUGUCUACAACAAGUCAGCCUGGCGUCACUACCAGACCAUCCAGGAGGCUGGUGACUGGUGUGUGCCCAGCACAGAGCCCAAGAACACGUCCACGUACCGCGUCAGCUAGGGGCCGCCACGCUGCCCUGCACCUGAGGACAGACUGCUGUCUCUGGGACCGGCCACCACGGUGACCCUCCCCACCCUACCCUCCAGGUGGGGGGAGGCUCUCCCCGAUGACCAGCUUCUGUCUGUCUCUAUGGAAGUCAUUGCGGUGACCAGUCCGUGGGGGCCCCUAAGUGCCAACCUCUGUCUCCAUGGAGACCCCUGGGUGGCCUCUCUGGUGUUCAGUCUUGGUGGGUGAUGCCUGAGGGCGGGCAUCAGUCUCCAUCCUGAUGGGGUGUCUCAGAGCGGCGUCUCCAUGGCAGUCCUCCUUUUUCAGAGCUGCCACUUUUCUGCCAGGGGUCUGGCGUCCCCCUCACUGCCCUCGCCUUCCAAGGACACCCUGCUUGCCUUAUCCUCACCCCCUAGCCCAUGCAGGGACCCUGGCCCUAGUUCGCCAUCAGCGUUAGGAAGGAGCCGGGUGUCCCUGGGUGGAGAAAGGCAUUGCACCCUUGGGCCCCUGACUGGGGACCUGGUCCUGCAGCACCUCCCUCCAUGCUGAGCUUUGAAGGUCAGGGUUAGGAGGCGGGAGUUCUCACCCAGGGCUCACCCUUAGGGUGAGAGAACCUCGGAGGACCCAGCCAGGCUUCUCAGAGCCCCUCGGGCACCUGCCAAGCCCUUCCCUGACAUGUCCUCAUAUGUCCACACCCGCCUGCUGGCCCCACACCUCCACAGGUCCACCUGAGCUCCAGACACCCCCCCCCCAUGGUGCCUGGACAUGCACGCGCUUGGGGUGGCCUUCUCCCUAGAAUGCUCUAUGUAUAUAGCUAGUUUUAUAGCCCCGAAAGGCCCCCACCCUUCCCCUUAGCACACAGGGGUUAAAGUCGUGUGUCCCUCCUAGUGGCUGUGAUGAUGGCUGUGACAUCCACAGUAAAGAGGAGGUGGAACAAGA